UGGCUGAUCUACAGCUUCAUAAUCUAAAUUCGCAAAAAAUAUAAUUUUGUUACUGUUUCACUUAUGCGAAUCAUUAAAUUUGUUUAUUUAUCUAAAAUAUUUGAAUUUAAACAUAGAACAUUACAUACCCUGAAGCUACAAAAAAGAUGAGUGAAAUUGCCAACACUGAAGGCACUUCAUCUGAACCUGAGAAGCCGGUUCUUGAUACUGAUGUUAAAUUCCCGCCUUUCCCUGAACCUAAACAUGAAGACUUUGAAGAAGAUAUUUCUGAAGAAGAAAGAAUUUUUUAUAAGUUAAAAUUUACAGAUUUGAACCUAGUAAAACAUCAGCGUCUGCAUUGUACUGCCUGUGAUCGCCAUUUGGGAUGUUCGGCGCGCAACGAGUCUCGGAUGCGGGCACAUCCUAUGCUCAGGACACUCAUGUGUCAUACUUGUCAUACUUUUUACAAUAGCGGAGAGUUUGAGAAAGGUGAUGAUGGAUCAGAACUUUAUUGUCGAUGGUGUGGUCAAGGUGGGCAAGUAUAUUGCUGUUCAAACUGCCCACAUGUGUUUUGUGCGAAAUGUAUCAAACGUAAUUUAGGUCUGCCAAAAAUAAAGGAAAUUGAAAGUACAGAAGAUUGGAAAUGUUUUAAGUGUAACUCGAAAUGUCUUUGGGAUCUUCGAGCAUUGUGCUGGGCUCUUUUACGUUACUGUGAUCUGAAGAACAAGUUUGCCUACAAUGCUGAAGACCCGGAAUUAAAAGAAGGGUAUCAAAAGGACUGUGCUAUUGAUCAUGCAGAAUGCUGUAAACAUAAAAUAAGACAGCGAAAGUCAGAUAAUCUAAGAAAACGAGAAGAGAAGAAAAUUCAGGAAGUUACUAUUAAAAAAAAUAUUUCUCCACCAAUUACUAAAAUAGGUCCUACUAUUCAGGUAAAGAAAUUUGCUUCGAUCAAUAUUGAUGAAAUAAAACAAGAAAAGAAACCUGUGAAGCGACCAGCGAGCCCUAAAUUACAACCGAUGCUUAUAAAAAAUCCGAUACCUAUAGCACCUGGGUGUACUAAAAUGAUAACCCCGAUAAGUACUCCACCAAUACCGAAAAAGAUAAAGGUAUGUAAUGCUAAUAUGAUGCCACCAGUAAGAUUUAACAAUGAAAGAAAACCAUUUGUCACUUAUCCACGAAUGAGAACCAGAGCUCCUCAAACGUCAAUGACUUCAUUGAUGAAUAGUCAAUUUAAUGGUUUUAAUAAUGGAAACAAUUUCAGUACCAUGGUUAUCAAUGACAACAUUAAUUUAUCAUUGGAAAGUUUAACACAGGGUUUAGACAUGAAUGCUGUAGCUGCGAUGACUAACAAUAACACUCCUCCAAAUGAUGAUGAUGUGGUAUGCACACCCGAUUUUCCUUUAGAACCUUUAUGUGAGGUCACGGAAGACAACACAGAUGAUGAUGUCCAAUGUAUAACUCCUGCUCCUGUUCCAGUGCCACCUAAACAUGUUAAUCCACCACCUCUAAUACCAUGUGCUACAAAUAUUACAGAUUUAUCAUCUGAGAAUAUUAUACAAAUGACUGAAAAUGAUGUAACAGUAAAUGCCGCUACUGGCGGAUUAAAGUUCCGUGUUGACCCUCAAACAUUAUCGUCUAAUAAAAUGUAUCGUUUACCAGAUGGGCGCAUAUUUGCUAUUAAUGCUAAUCCAAAUAUGCCAGGUGGAUACUCUGCUACAAUAGUAGCUGUUACCGAAAAUGCGCCUGGAUCAAAGACGUUACCUAAAAUGCAGACAUACUCGGCCAAGCUCAGUGCAGUUUCGGCCUCAACAUCGAGUCCACAGACCUCGACACCUAUUCCAAAAUCCACUCGUUUAGGAAAUUCUCGGUCAACUCAAAUUUCAAAGCGUAAUAUAUCGAGAAUUGCCAAAAUGAAAAAAUCUGGACAAAUAUCUAGAGAAUGUGAUAUGCAAGUACCUGUUGAAUGGUAUCGAUACAAUCUAUUAGAUUCAGUAGAUGCUUUAGAAUAUUCCUUGUCUAAAUUACACAAAAUCAAAAAAGAAGCUACAUCAAUGUACUUACGUACAAGAACUGUAAGUGAAAUGAGAACACUCCAUAGAUCCUUAGAACGGUUACUCAAUACUUCAUCUAACAGGUUUAUUGAAAUUCGCGAUAACUUAAAUAAGGAAUUCAAAGUAUACCUUACUAAAAAAGCGGCAGGUGAAGUUAGUGAAGAUGACGAUGAUGUAGAAAUAUUGCCCAAUUUAGACGAAAAUGAUGAUCCAAUUUUUAUCGACGAAAAUUCCGUCGAUUCUAACGCAAAUUGUAACGAUGGUCAAGAGGUGGACCUGACUGGAGCCGGUAGUAGCGAACAUAACGAUAGUGCGGAGAAUAGAACUGACAAUUUUACAAACGUAUACAGAGACUCUCUUGCUUUAACAGGCAAGGAAAGCCCCAAUACUAAUACUACUAUUACAAAUAUUUCUUCUAUUGAUGAUGCCAACAGUCAGUCUAAUCAAGUGGGAAAUAAUAUAGAGAAUGAAAAAGAUGAUCAAGUGCUUACCGAUAAUAAAAAUAAAAAUAAUCACCCAAAAAAAAAUAGUGUAAUACUUGAUAAACUAAAAUGUGAUGAACUCUUUUUGGAUAAAGAUGUAAGUAUUCAAUCGUCAUUAAAGGAAGUUACUUCUGGUAGUGAUAAACAUGUAAGUAAUGAAAGUGAAUUAUUAAAUGAGAAUAGUAAAAGUACUGUUGAAGAAGUAGUAAAUGUUGAAGAGUCUAAAGACAAAAGAGGGGAAAUACAAGUAAAGAAAACUAUUAAAAAUAAUGAGAAUUUCAAAAACAAAGGUGAUAAUAUACAGAAAGUUCAAGGUACAGAAGUAUGUGACGGAAAAAUACAGGACAACGAAAUUAGUGACGAAAAAUUCCAGGAUACCGAUAUGAGUGAUGAAAUGAUUGAAUCUUUGUUAAAAGACGAUAAUGGAAAGGACAGUUUAGAUUGCACAUAGAAAAUUACUGUAAAUAAUAGUGUUUAAAAAUAAUUUAGUUUUAGUUAGUCGCCUCAUAAUAGAAAGGAUAUAUAUAAAUAGGUAUAAGAAAUUUAUAUUCAUGGCUAUUCAAAUAGGAUAUUACAUGUAUACAUACCCAAACGUAAUAAAGUAUUAUAAACAAAUGAUAAUGGUCAUUCUGUGUUGUGGCGUGCAUGUAGGUUAACAUUUAAUUUUCAUUGAUAAUCCAAUUAUCACAUAGUUAUUACCUGCAUUAGUAGAUUGAAAUAACAUACAGGUUGCUUAGUUAUAAAAUGUCUGUACAAUAGACACGAUUUAACAACCAAAUGGUCAGGUACGGCCAUUGAAUUGUAACAAACUGAGACGUUGUGUCUAGUAGAGUUAGUCGAACGAAUAUGUUUGUGACACGACACGAUCGUCAGCCAGUGCAGAACUCGACGUCAUAUAAUAUCACAUCCACAAAACGGGUAUCCAAGUGGUAUUCCAAGUGUUAACGGUUAAAAAAAAUAAUAAUGGUUCUAAAGGUAUUUUACAAACAUAAUCGAAACAGUCACACGCAUUUGAAUUUAACUUCUGCUAUUUUUCCCCGCAUGAGUUAAAGAUUUACACAGGUUACAGCUAAAUUCAUCUAGCAAACAGGCUGUUGGCAUUCUGAAUAGGAAGUUGUAAUCGAUCAUUCUGCUAAGAACGUCUACUGUAACGUCACUUCACAGAAAUUACAGUAACGCCUACUGAGCAAGGAAUCAUUGAUUCCUAAUCAUUACGUUUUGAUUACUGGCGAUUUUUUAUAUUCCAUUGUUUUUUUUGUAGUGUGUAUAGCAGUGUAUACAUUUUUUAGUUUCGCGCGGUAUAAUUCGCAUUGCGAAGCCUCUUCCGUUGAUUGAAAUAUGCAUUUAUUUAUCAUUUGGUAUAAAACACUAGCCACAUACAUGAAACAUGUUUUUUACGUAUGGACCAUAGGUAGCUUUAUUAUAAUCAUAACUACUAUAUAAAGUUCUCGUGUCACAGUGUUCGUAACGAAACUAAUUCGAUAUGGCUUGACCGAUUCUUAUGAUUUUUCGUGUAUAUUCACUAACAAUAAGUUUGAGAAUAGGACGUAAACUAUUUUCCAUAUUUCUGUGUGAUAAGGGUUGUCCACCCCAGAAUUUUAUUAUUUAUUUUUUGGACAUAAUAUUUUUAUGAAUCGGCAUUAGAAAUACGUAAGUACAACCCAAAAUUUUCACCGUUCUAACAUUAGCUCCUAUUUUUAAUUGCUAUAAUUUAUGUAUAUGGCAAAACAACGUUUGUCAGGUCAACUAAUUCAUCAUUUAAGUUAACUUUCACAAAUUUGUGUUAAGUAUGGUACAUAAUUACAUAGAAUCAGUGAAAGUUAGUUUGUAAUGUUAAAAAGUUUGGAAACUUUAAAAGCGAGUUUUUUUGUGAAUGCUUAUAUAUGUAAUUAUUUAUUGUUUGUAAAAUUAAGAAAUAAUGUUCUUUUUUAUUUAUGUAAAAUAUGUUCUAUAAUUAACGUUUAGAACGUUGCCAAUACGCUAACCAUAAAUGGAAAUAAGCAUGAUGACUGAUUUUUUUUUAAAUAAAACAUUGUACAAUGUUCUUACAAUCUAUUUUCAUACAAAUUAACUCAUAUUGUUUAAAAUACUUAAGAUUUUGGGAUAAAGAUUGCCUUUUAAAAACACAAUUUAGAUUUCACGCCAACACGCUAGAAUAGCGAUGGCGUCGCUCUAUGACGUCAACCUUUCGUAAAUAUAUAACAAGUUACAACUUACAGUAGAUGUUCUAUGUUUGUUAAAAGUAUUUCAAGAUUUUGAUGCAAUAAUCAUGAAUCCCAAUGUGAAUCGAUUUAGUUCGGUCGCUCAAUGUCAACAAUAAAAACGCCGAACAAGUUAUUUUUUUCACAAUACUACCAAAUUAGUUAUUGAACUCGCAGCGCGAGACCGAGCAGCUAUAUCUAAUAAUUCAGUAAUGUAUAUCUGACAAGACUAUUUUGAUGUAUUUACUUCAUUUACCAUAAAGAAAUGAAGUAGGUACAUAGAUAGUAUAUAGCUCUUGCUUUGAACUAUUUGCCUUGAUGAAUCCUUGUUCCAUGUUGAUUGUACUUUCUACUAGCACAAUAGAAGUACACUAAUUCAUUUUUAUCAGGUUUUAUCAACAAUAGGAGUUCCAUUAAGAAAUAGCGCGAAAUAACUUUAUGAGAACUUUGUAUAGUACUUUGUACGACAGAUAGAAUAGAUGACUCACAUAUGUUUUCGAAAAGUGACGUCACGCGCUCUUGACUAGUGUUCGAUCUAUCACGUUGGAUAUAUUUUU